AUGUGUGUGUGUGUGUGUGUGAGAGAGAGAGAGAGAGAGAGAGAGAGAGAGAGAGAGAGAGAGAUGGGGAGGUUUGAAGAGUACAAACCGGUUAUUGCCUUAACCGGACUUCAGUUUUGCUACGCAGGUGUCUCUCUCUUCUCAAGAGCUGCGCUGCUUCAAGGAACGAGCCCUCGGGUCUUCAUUCUAUACAGACAAGCCUUUGCAACCAUAGCCAUCUUCCCCUUUGCUUGCUUCUCAAGGGCUAAGUCGAAGAGAUGUUCUUUGAAUUUGAGGAGCUUUUCCUUGAUAUUCUUAGUCUCACUUAUCGGAGUUACAGCAAAUCAGAACCUGUUUUUCGAAGGUAUAUAUUUAGCUUCGUCGUCCAUGGGAAGCGCCAUGGGCAAUAUAAUCCCUGCAAUCACCUUUCUCAUGGCCUUUCUCACCGGUUAUGAGAAGGUGAAUAUUCGGAGCAUAAGAAGCAUAGCGAAGAUCGUGGGGACAGUUCUCUGCGUUGCGGGAGCUCUUGCAAUGACACUGGUCCGAGGGCCAAAGCUUCUAAACUCGGAAUCUGAGUUGCCAAUCGCGAAAUCGGUGUUGGGUUCGUUGCAAAUCCAACAAAACGAGAGCCUUUGGCUAUUGGGUUGCUUGUUAUUGUUCUGCAGUAGUUGUUGCUGGUCUUGCUGGCUUGUCCUCCAGGUGCCUCUUUCUGCAAUCUAUCCAGACCACGUCUCUUUAUCAGCAUGGAUCUGCUUCUUCGGAACAUUACAGUCUGCAGUCGUGACAUUCAUCAUCGAGAAGGAUCCGAACGCGUGGUUUUUCCACUCCUACUUCGAGUUCGGAACUUGUCUCUACGCAGGAAUUGUGGCGUCAGGGCUUGCGUUCUUCGUUCAAUCAUGGGCCAUUUCGAAGAGAGGUCCUCUGUUUUCUGCGAUGUUCAGUCCUUUGUGUACAGUCAUUGUCACCAUCUUCGCCUCCAUGUUCCUACAAGAGGAGAUCUACACCGGAAGCUUAAUAGGUGGGUUAGGAGUGGUAAUGGGGCUUUACGUGGUGCUUUGGGGUGAAGGCAAAGGCAUGGAACAUAGGAGGGAAGACGAUGAGAAAACAGAGGUGAAGAUUCAGAUUGAAGAUUCUUCCUCGGACACGACACUAUCAGUGUGUAAGAUUGAUCUGGAGGAACCACUUCUGUCCAAAGACAGUUCCCAUUCUACAGGAGAGAUCAGAACACAGCAUGAUAUAUAUAACUAAGAUUUUGUUUCUUUCAUUAUUUUUUUAAAAUUUUACAUUCUGCACGA